UUCGUGCACCUCACCGAGGCACACCUACUUACACAUGCUCACAUGUCCGAAGGCAAGAGUGACGGCUUCUGAGGGCACAUCAUUCCGCAAAUUCGGGAUCUUGUCUCUGGCACCACCGUGGUCCAGUUCGGCCAAACCCUUUGCACAAACGCUUUGAGUGGCUGGGAGGCAUAAGGCCCGAUACGAGAUUGUAAGCAAGUGAGGGGAAACCCAAGCAUCAAUCAAUGGAUCAUGGUCGUCUUCCCUUGCUGACCUGCUAAUCUCCAUCAUACGGCAUACAUCUCCCGAUGUCUUCCGCAUGAUGCCUCAUGCCCCCUAUAGCUCCAUACCAUCACAAAGAUAUCGACUGCCACUUUCCCCCACAUUCCUUGGUAUUCUUGCCCGAUGCAAUCCUGAUCCUGGGAUACACCUGAUCCAGAAGAGCUCUCUGUCUGUGCCGAUGCUCCGGAACCCUUUCUCACCGCGCCUCACCUCCCAGUCAAGGCCGACUCAGUUCAGCAGAACCUAGUCAGCAGAACAACUGCGACAUUUGUCUCUUCUUCUUGGAAUCCUAGCCGUGUACGCUGCUCGUCCCCGGACUCCCGGCCGCACGACCCCGAGGAGACCUCGGCGUCUGCGGAGAGCCCUUCGCAAUGCUAGCCAGGGAUUUCAAGCGUGUCGUCCUCAUCCUCGGCCCCUUUCUCUUUCUCGCCUACGUCGGCAUCCGAUGUCUCGACCUCAGGAGCUCCGCUCCGGGUCCCAACCGCUGGUUCGACCACGUCUUAUCAACGAAUUGGAGAUUGAAUGACGGGCUCAAGCCGUUCUCGCAACCGCCGAACUCGGCAGCACCUACACAGUCACGGACCGGGUUCGCGGUCUCCCCACCGCCCUCGGCUCCAACAGAAGCGACAGCCCACCACGAAAUAGUCUCGUCGUCUACCUUUGACAAAAACUUCUUCCUGAUCCUUUUCGGCGAACUGGAAGCUAUCAACCCUAAUAUCUUGCCCCACCCCACUCUGGACAACACCUUUAUCGUCGUGGCACAGAAGAGAAAAGCAGACGACAAAACUGUCGAGCAUGUCGAGCUCGUUUGCAACGCCGUCUUCACAUCAGAAGGCCUCACCUGUGUCGACGUACCGACUGCCCUGCCCAUCGUCGCUACCAAGAGCGGAGACGACAAAUGCCCCCCCAAAUUAGCUUAUAUCGCCCUGAAUGUUGGACCGCACGAUGCCCGCGUCUUCUACGGCCCCAAAGCCCCGUUCAUCGUGUUUGGGUCCAACUCAAUCUUCGCGUGCUUCGGACAGUUCAUGCAGGACUUCCGCACGCUCGGUGACUGGGACUUUGAAACGUCGCCCGACAUAGGCUUCGGGCGUGGCACGGAGCUGCAACGCCCGGCGCCAUGGGGCACGAUGGAGAAGAACUGGUUCGCUUUCUGGGACGAGGAGGGGGUGAUCUACCUCCACCAGGACGUGGCGCCGAAACGGGUCUUUGCCAAACUGAACGCAGACGGCUCCGUGGGACCGGACCUCGCGCCCUUGGCAGCCGGGGACGAGGCGUGCCUGAGCAAGUACAUGCCGAAGCUGCCGCCAGAUCUGGAAUCGAUACACCAGGCGACCAACUCCCUCAGCGUCUCGUUCUGCAAGCGGAGCGACCCGGCCUGUAAGGCCACCAGCGACAACACGUUCAUCAUCACGGUGUUCCAGCACAAGACGUUCUACCGCUUCCACAGCGAGUACGAACCGUACGUCAUGGUGUUCCGACAAAGGGCGCCGUUUGAAGUGUUCGCAGUGUCGAAGAAGCCCUUGUGGAUCCGUGGCCGGAAGAAGAGGCUUGAUGGGAGCUCCGACAUGUUUUACGUAACGUCUAUGAGUUGGAAGAGGAAGGACCAGAGAUACCAUGGUUUUUUGGACGAUGUGCUCUUCCUCUCCUUCGGAAUAGAGGACCAGCGGACGGGGGCCAUCGACGUUCUCGCGGAGGACCUGCUGGCCGAGCUUGGAACCUGCCUCGAGGUAUAGAGGAUGAUUUCCUGACAAUACGGCGGAAUACGUUGCAGAAAUAAUCAUUAGUGCGGAAAGAUUCCCAGCGAGCGUUUUGAGAAUUCGUGUGUUCAACUGUACAGAGCAUUGAUUUGGAACACAAGCCCAUCUAUCUAUCCCCUCACAAGCUAUUUUGGCUUCUGACUAGUCCAGGUUCAAACGGAAUGAUCCUCAUGACCCGUUUCGAUUUACAAAUAACCAUUUU